AUGGCAUAUAAUCUUGAAGAAGUCAAUCUCUGGAUGUGUGAAAGUCUACAUAGUAUUCAUCCAUCUAUUUUAUCUCUCCAAUCUCUUGUUAGAUUGAAUGUUUGUUUUUGUCGGGAAUUAGAAAGUCUUGAAAGUGAGACUCAUUUAGAAUCUCUCUCUUACCUUGAUUUUGGCUUUUGUAAGAGCCUCCGGAAAUUCAGUUUGUCAUCAAAGAAAUUGGGGAGUUUGUAUUUCAGUGAGACUGAAGUUGAAAUAUUGCAUUUGCUGCCAAUGGGAGGUUUCACGGAGCUCAAAAUCCUUGUGAUUUAUAAGGGUGAAAGAUUAAGGAGUCUUCCGAUAAGUGAGCUAUGUGGCUUGACAAAUCUUGAGAAAUUUAGAAUUUUGAAUUUCCAACAGGUGAUCCACACAACAGAGCUGCGCUCUCUUUUUGAUGCUUGGCGUAAUUUAAAAGACCUAAGUUUGGAAAGAUGCAGUUACUUGCUGGAAAUCCCUGACAAUAUCAAGGCCUUAACAAGCUUGAAAAUCAUGAUCUUGAAAGACUGCGAGAGGCUUAAGUCUAUACUUGGACUUCCUCCCUUCCUUAAAGUAUUAUAUGCUGGAGGAUGCACUUCAUUAGAGAUUGUAUUCUCUGAUUCUCUAGUUCAAAAUCAGUGUCAAUUUCAUUUCGAUGAUUGUAUAAAGUUGGAUGAGUGUUCUCUUCGCUUCAUUGAGAAACUAACUCAUUUCUCUUUGACUUCAGCCUGUGAGGAUAAGAAGCUUCGUUUUGUUUGGGCUUGUUACCCCGAAAGCAGAGUUCCAAAAUGGAUGGAAUAUAAACAUCAGAUAGAGGCUUCCAAUGCUAUGGAAGUCAUCUGCAAUCUCAAACGAUCACCCAUCAUAUUGUGUUGCUGCAUUGUUCCUUCUCAUCUUUGCUCACCUAAAAUGUUGACGAUCUACUGUGAUUUCUCUUAUGAUGAUGACAACAAAUUCCGCAGUUCAUUUUUUGCUUCCUCCCUCCUUAAAAUGAAUUCGGAUUGUGUUUGCAUAUGGCACAUGGAAUUGGAAAGGGAUUCGUUUGGUGCUGGAGCAGGUGAUGUUGCCAAGAUUUCAUGUGAAUUCUCUGCGGACUAUUACGUUGAUUUUGAUCAUGGAGAGGUAGAGACAGUUCCAAUGAAAGCAUGUGGAGUGCACGUGACAUAUAACUCACAGUCAGACUCGGAUGAAGAGCGACUCCCUCCAACAAAUCUCAUGACGACUUCACCUGUCACCCCUUGCAACUAA